AUGCGCGCUUGCCGCACCUAUUACUGCAGUACCAAAUGCCAGUCUGCCCACAAGAAGAUUCAUGAUGGCGUCUGCAUCAAUAUGAAUAUUCGGAAGGAGUUGCUUCGCUCCGGCGAGCUUCUCAAGACAAUCUUCUUCCAGCUCCGAAAGGCGACCUAUGACAUCAAGGUCAGGGCGGUCGGCAAAAACGAGCAGGGUACAAUAUUGGUCUUUGAGGACGAGUACGCAGCAAACUACGGAGAUGGACCUCUCUAUCCCUUCCCAAGAGCCUUCGCCGACGGUUCCAACGAGGAGCGGGCACUACUCGCGUACCUGAGUUGCUCGGAUAUCUUCAUAUUCCUGGACGAGCUCAGCAAGAGCUUACUCGGAGGUAUGAGAUCUUGCCCUAGCUUGCACAAUGGAGACUGACACGUUGCCUCCACAGGGAUCACUACCGUCAUGCAGGAAGCAGACUUCGGCUUCGAUCAAGACCGCUUCCUCGUUCGUCGCAUCUCACCAUACGGAAGAGCAGAAGAUCACAGCAGAUACAUGCAUAGCGCACUUGCCAUUGAGGCAAAGGACGGAGAAGCAUACAUCGUCGACGUCUCCGGCGCCCAGUAUGGCCAACACCAAACCGUGGUACCAUUCGGUCAGUACAUGAGCGACUUCGCCACCAAGAUCAUCAAGAUCACAUCUCACGGUCAUAUGGCCCUCAAAGCCAGAGCUGUCCACGAGGGCUACAGAGACCGGCCGGUGGACAUUUCCGCGUGGAUGUCUGGAACCGCCGGAAACUUCGAUUACCGUCCUUUGCAGAUGCAGUACAAAGUGAAAGAGCGCAUUCUCGCCGCGGUCAAGGAAUGGGAGAUGCUGAACAACUUGACUCUCCACGAUCUUCUGGGUUGCGAUCAGGAGCGCUUCGAGGCCUGCAAGAGUUCGCUACUGGCCAAGACUGAUGAUGACGUGCGAUCGUUCUUAGCAAAAUGGGAGGAGGAUGGUUGCAAGCUCGAGCCUCGCGUCCGCAAGGAAGACGAAGAGGCCCCUUCGUGGGUACAAGACUUGCGUAUGGAUGAGGACGACGAAAACAUUCCACAGAUGAGCGAGUUGGAAGAGCAGUCUCGGGCCAGUCAGAGAUAUUCGGACGACAAGAAGGCUGAGUGCAGCGCUCUACUUGCCAGCAGGUUCGGGCAACAGUAUGCGAAUUUCUUCAAGGGGCUGUAG